AUGACAAUUAGUGGACUCCCCUUUAGAUCAGAGCAGUAACAGAUUUAGAUUUAGUAUAUGUUUCAUGUGGGUUCAGAGGAAUUAACAUAAUCAACAAAGAAGGCAGCUAAAUACUCUAUUCAUAGAACUUUAAUAAUGAGUAUAUUUAAUCAUUUGAAUCUACUUCUAAUGGGUAAUCUUUUGAACACUAAUUACAAUUAACAAAGUGAACUGCUUGCAGUAGCUGUAUAAACAGGAAAUGUUUUCCUCUAUAACACUACAUUUAAGAACCAAUUUCAAUUAUUAUCAAAAUUUAGCACAGGCUCCAAUUUGAUAAAUAGCUUAUUUAUUUCUCAAGAUGGAAAUUGGCUUUAUAUAGCAAGUGAUGUUAAGGGUGUAUUUAUGAUGAGUAUAAAAAAAUAAUAAUUAUAUGAAGAUAAUAAUAAUAUAAAUGAUACUUCUGUGAAAUUAAUAGUUGCUGCUCAUGGAACUUUUGGAUUAAGGGCAUAAUAAGUUAUUGUAUCAAAAGAUAAUCACUAUAUUUAUGCUUUUGAUUUCUGGUAUGGAUUUUUUUACACAAAUGUUGAAGAAAACAUAAAUUUAAGUUUUUGA